UAUAGUGAUCCACCGAACGGCAAACUUGUUGGAACAAAUAUGUACGAAGGAUCUAACAGGACUCUUCAAUGUAACGCUUUCUAUGCUCCGCUAGACGUCAAUAAUAUAACAAGCCAAUGCAAGAAUGGCCAAUGGACAAAUACUACACACUGUUUAAAGGUUCCGUGUGAUGGAAAAUGGAAACACGUUCUUACCACGAGCAAGACAGGACAAGACAUGUUCGGGUCGAAAACCAGCAUGAAAAUCGCCGUCGUAUCCGGCUCUGACGUCAGAAUUCUCCUGACGUCAAGCAGCUACUUAACCAGCGUUCAAAACAUCCGAACGAUUGACGAGAAUGUCUGCGGCCAGGCUCUGUUGAACAUAAGCUAUGAUUCCUCACGGGACAAGGCAUAUUGGUGGUUUUUGAACGUGUGCACAACGGGUCAGGUUCAGAUGAGCCGCUUUUACGUUGGUACCAACGUUUCAAACGGCAUUACUAAAGACAGCUAUGAAAUUAAAUGGUUUAUCAGGGACUUCACGGAAAAGGUAUUGAGUCAUAACAACAACGGAAUCGCCAUUUCUGGAAGUGUCAGCGAAUUCAUCGAUGAUGUAGAAGUAGGAAGUGAUGUACGCUUUGUGACUGUUCGCUUUGUGACUGAUAUUUAUGCGGCCACCAUGAACAGUGUACAGAUUGGCGCUAAGAAGAAUCUGGUCGUUGGACAAGCUCUCUGGCACGUCAGCCAACAUCAUAUAUCAUCUAACAUGGAGUUCCUGGGCAACGCCUAUUGGUGGUUCACGAACUGGGCCACUGACGGCUUUAUGGCCGGCUCCCGUUGGCGGGUAGGGGACCACAUCAGUAUCGGAGAGUCCAAUGAGACAUGCGCUUUGACAUGGUACACCGACACCUGCUGGAUGCUGGCGUAUCAACAUGACGAAUCCGGAAAAGAGGUGAAUGGGUCACUCGAUUUGCUUCGGUCAGCUGUAUUGCGAGGGCACCGAGUCAAGGUCAUGUUUGACUCUAUUUCCGCCGAACCAGAUGAAGUAUCAAUGCAAGGUGGCCACGUGAGCGCCGUAUUGAUAAGCAUGGUGGCAAAAAGCUCUAACGACAUCCGGGCAUUCAACGAACGCGGAAUAUGGGACUGGAGAAUAUUGACAACGACGGGAACAGAGACAACACUUCGAGUUAACGUUGGUGGAUACGCCGGACAAGGUCGAACAACUGGAAAGAAAGCUGUAAGCUGGUUUAUCGACACACAUUCAUGGGUUCAGGUCCUUGUUAACAGCAAGACUGGGACUGUUCUGUCUGGAAGCAAAGCGGCGCUUAUCAGCGCAGUGCAGUCCGGGGCUAGGGUUCGCUAUGUCCUCCGCUUUGAUCCAUCGAUCUCCGAUGUGUUAGUUCUCGAGGCCGAUACUCUGUCGGUGAGCGGAAGCGAGGUCAGCGCAACUCACGUUCGCUCCGUAAGUCUAUCAAGUCUGCCAACGGAAGUUGAGUUUCAGACCGAGCCCUACUGGUGGUUCACCCAGUCUACGUCGACCGGAAAGGUUGACAUGACUCGUUGGAAAUUUGGGGAAUAUGAGGCCCGAGGUCAAAACAGCUCUUCUUGUGAUAUCGAAUGGUUCGUCAACUACUGAGAAAACAACGAAUCGAGCUUGCAUGAUCCUUGUCUUAAAUUAUGCUUGAAACAACCAUCAUAGGCUUGUUUUAUUUUAAUAAUAUUUGGACGUUUGC